UAAUUAUAUAGAAAAUGAAUCUUUAAUAUGCAGAGAGUGCCGUACGAUUGAAGGAAGGAAUACCUAUAGAGAUGGGUAAAGCUUAUAAGAGAACUUGUUUGGCUGUUUGGCAAUGUAUCUAUCUCCCAAAGUUUUACUUCACAGAGUGCUAAUUGUCGGUGAUCUUGAAGAGGAUGAGAAUUCUGCUAGCUCUGUUCCUUUUCACUCUAGUAACACCUCAUAGUUCAAGUGGGCAAUCUGGGCAGUGGUGCAUAGCAGAUGAGCAGGUCCCAGAUGAUGAGCUGCAAAAGGCCCUUGAUUGGGCUUGUGGGAAGGAUCGUGCAGAUUGCAGUAAGAUCCAACCAAACCAACCUUGCUUCUUGCCCAAUACUGUGAGGGAUCAUGCUUCUUAUGCCUUCAAUAGCUACUAUCAGAAAUUCAAGCCCCAUGGAGCUACUUGCUACUUCAAUGCUGCUGCUUAUGUUACUGAUCUUGAUCCAAGUCAUAAUUCGUGCAAGUAUGAGUAUCUUCCUUAAUGGAAUGAUGGGGGUAUGGGUGAAACUCUGAACUCUGAAAUUGAACCAAUUUCUGUAUUUUUUUUAUUUAUUUAUUUAUUUUUUUUCAUAUUUCAGUUCCGUAAUCCCUUUCUUCCCCCUUCAAGAUUUUCCCUUUUAUUUCUAAAACUUUUUUUCUUAUUUCUUCGUUUAAGAUUGAAGGAUAAUUUUCACCCUUUAAAUUUUGUGUACCCAAAAAGUCGUAAGUAUGCAAAUCAAUUUCCAGAUAUUGGUUUUCUGCUUGUUACAACUUAUAUAUAUACAUA